AUGCAGUGCGACUCUAGGGACGGAGUCUCACUAUUCGAUCACACGUCCGGCAUCUCUCUUGCACCUGCUGCCGAAGCUGACAGUGCAGUUUGCUCACAGUGGACCACGUGUGAUGCAGCUGCUCGUUUUGCUGUUCGUACUCACCUGCCGUCUGCCGAGCGCGCGCACUUUAGCCAGUACAAGACUACUAAGACUCUGUAUGACGCUGUUGUUGCGAGCUACUCCUCCCUUGCCUCUGCUGCCCUCAGCCGCCUCAUGCUGCCGUACCUGUUCCCUGACCUCGCCGCUUUUGCCACAGUCACUGACCUCAUUACCCACCUCCGCACCAGUGACACCCGCUACCACGCUGCAAUUCCAGCCGAGGACCACUUCUUCUCCCUUUGCCCCACCACGCUCACCAUUGACCUCCUCGAGGAGCGCCUCCUUGCAUCUGAGAAGAGUAUAGUCGCUGUAGGAGCCUCUCGUGGUGACCCUCAUGCCCCUUUCUUUGAGGGGUGCUCCCCUGUCCCCCUUCUGCCCUCUGUUGCCUCUGCUGCUGCUGACGACCUCGUUGGCACCGAGUUGGUGGAGGGGACGGCGGGGGCGGCGGUGGUGGCGACAGUGGUGGCGGUGGAGGAGGUGGAGGGGGUGGGGGUGGAGGUGGGGGUGGCGGCGGGAGUGGGGGCUUCGGUGGCGGUGGUGGAGGUGGAGGCGACGGCGGCAGCGGCAGUGGGGGUGGAGGCGGCGGUGGUGCUGGUCGAGGUGGAGCUGUGCAGCGGGGAGGCUUUGGCGGUGGCCAUCGCCAGCAGCAGCAGCGUUCUCGUGAGACCCCGUCGCCCUAGCAGCUUCGUGAGUGGUACGCUGGGCGUGGGAGGUCUAGGGGUGCUGGUCCCUGCGCUUACGUUCUCCGCACCGCGGUCCCGUCUGGCUCCCUGUCCGGUCUCCACCUCCCCUCAUUCUCCACGAACUUG